UCCAACGUCUUCUCAAUGUUCGACCAGUCCCAGAUUCAGGAGUUUAAAGAGGCCUUCACUAUCAUGGACCAGAACCGGGAUGGCUUCAUCGACAAGGAGGACCUGAGAGACACCUUUGCCGCGCUGGGCCGCAUAAACGUCAAGAACGAGGAGCUGGAAGCCAUGGUGAAGGAAGCUCCAGGGCCCAUCAACUUCACAGUCUUCCUGACCAUGUUUGGGGAGAAACUCAAGGGCACGGACCCAGAAGAGACCAUACUGCAUGCCUUCAAGGUGUUUGACACUGAAGGAAAAGGCUUCGUCAAGGCUGACUUCAUUAAGGAAAAACUUAUGACUCAGGCUGACCGGUUCAGUGAGGAGGAGGUAAGUCAGAUGUUUGCAGCUUUCCCGCCAGAUGUCUGUGGCAACUUAGACUACAGGAAUCUGUGCUACGUCAUCACACAUGGCGAGGAGAAGGACUAGAAGACAUGCUCCCUCUAUACCUAGAGUCGGCCAAGGCUGGCUGCGUUGGGGGACCGGUGCAAGGCUCCUGUUGCCAGCAUGGGCAGG